AUGAUUAUGUCGGAGAUCCAGAUACCCUGUUUCAUGUCUCCUAUGGGUAUCACACAGGCAACUGUCGUUAAGGCGGCUUGGGCGCUGACCCUUUCCCGAUUCUCUGGUACACCAAACGACAUCACCUUUGGGCUGACCACUAGCGGGCACAGGUUAGACACCCUUGCCACAGAUGACAUCUUUGGUCUUUGCAUGAAUAGAGUCCCUGUUCGUGUCCAAAUGGACUUGACAUGCUCUGUCCUCGAUCUGAUGGAGUUCAUCCAGCGUCAAUAUGCGGAGAGUCUGGCUUUUGAGCUAGUUGAAUUUAAGAAUAUGGUGUCCAUCGACGAAGGGGAACCCGCCUUUGGCAGUGUUCUCAACUUCCAAACACCUCCGCGGAAAAGCAGACUUUCAAACUAG